AUGGAUGAUUCUAAUAUCUCUACUAAUACCAAAAGUAAGAAAAGAUCAUUAGAAGAAGAUAAGACUGAAAUUAAGGUAUCCCGAGAUACAUGGAAUGCCAAGAACAUGCGUAGUCUAGAACCACCAAGGUCAAAGAAACGUAUUCAUUUAAUUGCAGCUGUAAAGGCGGUAAAGUCAAUCAAACCAAUCCGAACGACCUUAAGAUAUGAUGAAGCAAUCACAUAUAAUAAGAAUAAUGAAGAAAAGGAGAAAUAUACUGAAGCAUAUCAUAAAGAAGUUAACCAACUAUUAAAAAUGAAUACUUGGGAAACAGACAAAUAUUAUGAUAGAAACUCGAUAGAUCCCAAGAAUAUAAUAAGCUCAAUGUUUAUAUUCAACAAGAAGCGUGACGGAAUGUAUAAGGCUAGAUUUGUUGCAAGAGGCGAUAUUCAGCAUCCUGAUACAUAUGAUCCGGGCAUGCAAUCCAAUACUGUACAUCAUUAUGCACUGAUGACAUCUUUGUCACUUGCAUUAGAUAAUGAGUACUAUGUCACACAACUAGACAUAUCCUCCGCUUACUUGUAUGCCGACAUCAAAGAGGAAUUAUACAUAAGACCUCCACCACAUCUAGGAAUGAAUAAUAAAUUACUACGUUUAAAGAAAUCACUUUAUGGUUUAAAGCAAAGUGGUGCAAACUGGUAUGAAACUAUUAAAUCAUACUUAAUAAAGCAAUGUGGCAUGGACGAAGUACGUGGAUGGUUGUGUGUGUUCAAAAAUAGUCAAGUCACAAUAUGUCUAUUCGUUGAUGACAUGAUAUUUUUCAGCAAAGAUCUAAAAGCGAAUAAGAAAAUCAUAGCAAAUCUCAGAAGACAAUACGAUACUAAAAUUAUAAAUCUAAGUGAAAGUGACAACGAAAUUCAAUAUGAUAUCCUUGGCCUAGAAAUAAAAUAUAAAAGAGGUAAAUAUAUGAAGUUAGGUAUGGAAAACUCCUUAACUGAUAAAUUACCCAAGUUAAACGUACCUUUAAAUCCAAAAGGUAGAAAAAUCAGCGCUCCAGGCCAACCAGGUCUCUAUAUAGAGCAAGAUGAACUAGAACUAGAUGAAGACGAUUACAAAUCGAAGGUUCAUAAAAUGCAAAAGCUGGUAGGUCUAGCGUCGUAUGUUGGAUAUAAAUAUAGAUUUGAUCUACUAUACUAUAUCAACACCCUUGUGCAACAUAUAUUAUUUCCAUCGAAGCAAGUAUUAAACAUGACAUAUGAACUGAUCCAAUUCCUAUGGGAUACUAGAGACAAACAAUUAAUAUGGCACAAAAACACAUCUGCCAAGCGAGAAAAUAAGAUAGUUGCAAUAAGUGAUGCAUCAUACGGCAAUCAACCAUAUUAUAAAUCACAAAUUGGCAGCAUAUUUCUACUCAAUGGAAAAGUAAUUGGAGGAAAAUCAACGAAGGCCUCGUUAACAUGUACUUCAACUACAGAAGCGGAAAUACAUGCGGUCAGUGAAGCUAUCCCGUUACUGGAUAACUUAAGUCAUCUUGUACAGGAACUUCAUAACAAGCCAAUUACAAAAGGCUUAUUUACUGAUAGUAGAUCUACAAUCAGUAUAAUUAUGUCUAAAAAUGAGAGAAGUUUAGAAACAGAUUCUUCGGUACUAAAGCAAUGA